AUGCCGACGUUGAUGAGAAGGUUAAAGUAGGACAUAGGAAUACUACAGAUAGGCAGAAGAGCACAUCGAGGUGAAGCUGUGCCGAAGUUGCUCGCCUGGUCGGCGGUCGCACACGCCACCGUCGCCACUCCGCCCACUGCUCGCCUUUUCUCCUUGGCGGCUUGGUCCCUGGUCUCAAGCCUCAAUCUCAGAUUCGCAGGAGAGUUGUUGGCUGAGUAGAAUGGUGGCUCCAUCUUCUAACACUUCAUCACUGAAGGAUUACCUAAAAAAAUAUGACAGUGGCUAUGAAGAGGAGAAGAAGAAGAAAAAGAAAAAGAAAACAAAACCUAACAUUACCGGUGUUGUUAUUGUAGAUGAAGAUCCUGUCUGGCAAAAACCGGAAAAAUUUGAUUAUGAAGAAGAAGAUGGCUCAGCUGAUGACGAGAAACCUCUGGUUAAUGAAGAUAUUGAAGUCAAGCGUAUGAAGAGGCUGGAGCAGCUUAGAGCAAAACGGCCAUUUGGUGCCAUUUCAGAGGAUGGGAGUGGUUGGGUUUCUGUUUCAGAUGCUCCGAAGAACACUUUAAAUUCUGAUGACCAAAAUUUGGAUUUAUCACCACCCCGAAAACGAACUGUUGGUAAUGAUUCACCUUCUCCUGAACUGAAACUUACUUCAUCUAGAACAUUAGAUGCUGAUUUGUCACCACCCCCGUAAAAGAAGAGCUCGCUACGAUACACCUUCUCCAGAACCUGAAUCCAGGAAGAUGCAUGAUGAUGACUUGUCUCCUCCUCGCAAGCACAAUGCUAGGAGUGGUACAGUUUCAAGCAAAGGCCAUGGUGAUGUGUCACCUCCUCGUAGAAGAAGAGCCCGAUAUGAUACACCUUCACCGGAACCUGAGCUCCUGAAAUCUAGGAGGCAAGAUGAUGACUUGUCACCUCCACGCAAAUCUUCAAAAGUUAAUAGUGACAUGUCACCACCAAGAAAAAGUCAGUUGUCUGCAAAUGAUGAGAAAUCUAAUAUGGACUUGUCUCCGCCAAGGAAGAAACAAGUCCAAUCGCCUGCUGUAGUAAAACAGAGGCCAAAGACAGGUCUUGUCACAGCAAAGGAUGUCAAAGAUGAGAUUGCUAAAACAAAGAAAGAAGAGUGGUUGAGGAUUAAAGAAAUGGACCCUUCAGUUAGUGGUGUGGGUGCUGCAGGGGUUUAUCGUGACAAAGUGACAGGAGAACGAGUGUCUAAGGAAGAGUUUUUGAAGUCUCAUAAAAAGAAAGAGAAGGAGAAGCCUAAGGAAAUAAAGCUGGAAUGGGGCAAGGGUUUGGCUCAAAAGCGUGAGAUGGAGGCUAGGCUUCAGGAAUUAGAAAGCGAAAAGGAAAAACCAUUUGCUAGAAGCAGAGAUGAUCCUGAACUGGACAAUAUGCUCAAGGAAAGGUUGAGAUGGGGUGAUCCGAUGGCACAUUUGGUCAAGAAAAAGCAAGCGGACCAGGCUCUUCUUCUGCCCGACUUAGGUUUGGAUGAUAGAAUGAAAGAAUCAGGUUUUGUAAUCCCUCAGGAAGUUCCUCCUCACAGCUGGAUUCGAAGAGGGUUGGAAGCGGCGCCCAAUCGAUAUGGUAUUAAACCAGGGCGGCACUGGGACGGUGUUGACCGCAGUAACGGGUAUGAGAAACAACUGUUCAAGCGUACUAAUGAAAAACAAGCAACUGAAAAAGAAGCAUAUCUUUGGUCUGUUGCCGACAUGUGACAUGUCAAUGCAACAUAUUUGUAUCAAUGUAUCCGGACAACAAAAAAGAGGCACAGAAAUGUGUAUAAACAUAACCUGAAUACGAAUCAGUACAGUUCUAACGUAACUUGUGAAUCUUUUUUUCACCUAAUGUCUGAUUUGCGUAAUUUUUUAAUGGCAUUUGUGAUUUUGUGUGUUAAUGAUCAUCCAUUUUGUCCAAUGUAACUAAAGUUAAUGACACUAUCAUCCUUUGCUUGAAAAGCUUAACACACUUGCGCUUGCUGUUGUACAUAAGCAUGAUUUUAGGGGAUGUGCGCAGAGCAGCCGCACCCCUC